UUGCUUUCUUCCGUUUUCCAUGUCAUUUCCUGUAAUAAAAAGAUGGUGGUCAAAGCAGUGAGAGAGAAGCAGCUGACUCGUUACAAUAAUGUGAAAUGAUAAACUUUACAUCGCCCUGGACUAGUGAAACCAAACAUUGCCGCUGCGUCAUCGACAGAAUUGACCGAGCGCAAAGCUCUGGGGUCGUGCAUUAGAAAGUCCUGCACAGACCCCCCGACGGACUGCGGACUCGACAGAAGGAGGUGAUGGACUGAGUGAGACCAGGGGACCCCAACAUGGCUGACACUCCAACAUUCAGCUGCGAAGCCUCUCUGGAGAAACAGCCGGACUGCAGCAGGAGAAACAUCCCUACAGAGGAGGAUGGCAGGAAGCUGAAAGCAGACGAUGUGCUCUUUUCCACCGAGGCCCAGCAGGGGGCAGACUUCUGGUUCUGUGAAGAGUGCAAGGAGUUCUACUUGGAGGAGUGCGUAUCCCACGGCCCCCCCGUCUUUGUCCCUGACACCCCCGUGGAGGUGGGGGAGGGGGACCGAGCGGCGCGCACCCUGCCUGCAGGCAUCCAGCUGUUACGGGACGGCGAGCAGCAGGUGGACGUCUGUUGUGCUGACCAGGACAUCCCCAAGGGGGCGCUGUUUGGCCCCUACCAAGGGGAGCUGGUGCCAAAUGAACAGGCGCCCGGUCCCUUCUGCUGGGUGAUUGUGCUCAAGAACUCCUACAAGUGUAUCGACGGCAGUGAUGAGACCAAGGCUAACUGGAUGAGGUUUGUGCGGAUGUCGUCCGACUGCGCCGAACGGAAUCUGAGCGCCUUCCAGCACGGGGGGCACAUCUACUUCCGUGUGUGUCGGCCGCUGGCGUCCGGCGAGCGCCUGCGCGUCUGGUACAGCGAUGAGUACCUGAGGAAGCUGCAGGGUGUCCUGCAAGACGGCAUGCUGAGACAGCUGGACAUAGGGGCAGUGAAAUCAGAAGACGCAGCUCAGAACACAGACAACAGCAGGGAAGAUCCCACACCUAAGAGCCCGCUUCUAGACAAGGGCCCUGUUGAAGUCAAGGCUCCUGCUGAACACAAGGGUCCAGUGCUCCGCUCAGCGCUGCACAGCCGCAGAGGCCUGGCCAGGCAGCAGCACCACCACCCGGAUGGAGAGGGCGACGGCCAGCCUCAGGCUAAGAAGAAGAAGAUCGACCUCAUCUUCAAAGACGUCCUAGAGGCAUCUCUGGAGGCUUCUCCUGGUCCGGAGAACCCCCUGAACACGACCCUCUCCCUGAGGCAGCAGAGUCAGGGGUACUCCGCUAGCAACCCCCACCACGGUCGCCGCCACCGCCACUCCCAGUCCCACCAGAGCCCUCACCACCCUAGCUCUGCUCAGUCUCCCCUGGAGCAGGACUCCAAGGAGGCCCCUGGGUGUUUCUUUGACUUGAGCUGCCUGAAGAGGGAGGAGGAGGAUGAGGAGGAGGCUUUGCAGACUGUGAGGGAGGCGGCCACUUCCUUCUGCCCCAACUGCGUGAAGCUGCGACAGAGGAUCAGGGAGCUGGAGGCGGAGCUACAGCAGCUGAGAGGGGAGGGGUCAACAAUGGAACCUCCCAUGAGUGCAGUGGCACCUGCCCUACCUGAGCCUCUCUAUGCGGAUGAGCUGACAGGAUCCGAGGCCUUGACCCCCGCCCCCCUGGUCAUGGACGAGGAUGACCCAGAAGGGGACUCUGCCGACGAGUCCAUGUCUGCCGACCUAAUGGUCGCCAUGGACGAUGCGUCCCGGAUGCCUGCGGGUCCCGGCCGGCGCAUCCGGCGCUUCAAGCAGGAGUGGCUGAAGAAGUUCUGGUUCCUGCGCUACUCGCCCACGCUCAACGAGAUGUGGUGCCACGUGUGCCGGCAGUACACCGUGCAGUCCUCGCGUACCUCCGCCUUCAUCGUGGGCUCCAAGCAGUUCAAGAUCCACACCAUCAAGCUGCACAGCCAGAGCAACCUGCACAAGAAGUGCUUGCAGCUCUACAAACUGCGCAUGCACCCCGAGAAGACGGAGGAGAUGUGCCGCAACAUGAUGCUGCUCUUCAACGCCGCCUACCACCUGGCCGUGGAGGGACGGCCCUUCUCUGACCUCCGACCCCUGGCCGAGCUGCUCAAGAAGUGCGAGCUGAAGGUGGUGGACCAGUACAUGAACGAGACUGACUGCCAGGGCUUGGUGCACCACAUCGCACGAGCCCUGAAGGAGGACCUGGCGGAGCGCUUAAGGCUGUCGCCCUUCCUCAGCAUCAUCAUGGACGGCCAGCACGAGGACCAGCUGGCGGACACGGUGGCAGUGUACGUGCAGUUCCUGACGGGAGAGGGCGCCCCGGCAACCGAGUUCCUGUCGCUGCAGCGGCUAGCGGGGACCGGGGCCGAGGGAUACAUACAGGCUGUGGACCGAGCCUUCUCUGUUGUAGGCCUCCGUCUUCAGGAGAAGCUCCUAGUAGGCCUGGGCAUCGAUGGCGCCAACAUCCCGUCCAGCCUGCGGGCCAACAUCUAUGUGGGGCUGCGCAAGGCGGCUCCCUGGGUGCUGUGCGUGCCCGUGAUGGUGCACCGGCCGCAGCAGGAGGUGCUGGACGCCAUCAGCGGCAAGGAGCUGUGCUGCCUGGAGGAGCUGGAGACCAACCUGAAGCAGCUGCUGAGCUUCUACCGCUACUCGCCGCGCAUGCUGCUGGAGCUGCGCUCCACGGCGCCCACGCUCUGCGAGGAGGCCGAGUUCCUGGGCGACAUCCGGUCCGUGCGCUGGAUCAUCGGCGAGCCCAACGUGCUGAACGCGCUGAUCAAAGACUACUUGGAGGUGGUAGCUCAUCUGAAGGACAUCAGCAGCCAGACUCAGAGUGCGGAUGCGGCGGCCAUUGCCCUGUCCCUGCUGCAGUUCCUCAUGGACUACCAGUCCGUCAAGCUCAUCUAUUUCUUGUUAGACGUCAUCGCGGUGCUGUCGCGACUCGCCUUCGCCUUCCAGGGAGACUACCUGCUGGUGUCACAGGUGGACGGGCGUGUGGAGGAGGCUAUCCAGGAGAUUGGGGGGCUGGUGGACGUACCGGGUGAAUACCUCCAGGAGUUUGAGGAGAACUUCCGAGAGAGCUUCAACGGCGUGGACCUGAAGAACCUGCGCGUGGCUGAGUCGAAGUUCCAGUCCAUUCGGGAGAAGAUCUGCCAGAAGAGCCAGAGCGUGCUGGCACAGAGGUUCGACCCUCAGAGCCGUCCGGUGGUGAGGGCAUGCCGCGUGCUGGACAUGUCCUGCUGGCCACAUAGCCGCGAGGACCUGCAGGCGUUCGGGGAGGAGGAGCUGCUCUUGAUAUUCGAGCACCUGGAGACCAUACCGUCGGUGCGCUGCGAGACGGGCCACGAGCGGCGGGACGCGUGCGGCAGCCUGGCGGGGGAGUGGCGCGACCUCAAGGCCGACUACUACAGCAUGAGCGGCUUCAGGGAUGUGCUGAGCCACAUCUGCCGACACCGCCAGCGCUUCCCACUCCUGCACCAGCUGCUGCAGGUGGUGCGUGUGCUGCCCAGUUCGAGUGCUUGCUGUGAUAAGGGCCGUGCCUCGCUGGAGAGGAUCCGCAGGAACGGCCGCUCUCCCCGCCUCCCCCUCGAGCAGAUCAACAACCUGCUGACCCUGGCCGUCAACGGGCCUCCCAUCGCCAACUUCGAUGGCAAGCGGCCGCUGGACAGCUGGUUUGAGGAAAAGUCUGGCGGCGGAUACUCCGUCCCAGCGGUCGAUGUACUGAGCAGGAUGUCUGCCAACGAUCAAAAGCCUUUUUUGCACCAGGCUGGGGAGAUGCACUCUGACUUCUACGCCGACUGUUGAGUUGAGUUGAAACUAUUUGAUGCGAGUUGACAGUGUUCUGCUUUCAAAAAGCCAUCCCAUUGGUUGAGGACUGAUCAGGGCUGUGUGUGAUUGGCCAGGAGUAUUAGGAAGGAACUGGCCGUGCUGCUAAGAUGGCCUACUAGAUCAGACUAUACAGUACACCUUUGGGGCAUUCUGCUCCGAUGUUGAAUGGAGUGGAAAAAAGCACAUGCCAUGCACAGCUGAUCUUUGCAGUGUAGCCUAUUUGAGGCGACCAAGACAAUCUGACAAUCUUCUCUACGCACACAUACUGUAGAUAUUUUAAGAAAUGCACAGUCCCAUUGCCAAUGCCAAUGUCAGGGCCACAGUCCCAUUCCCAAACAUGUAUUGGAAUCAAAUUUCUUGUAUACGCAAGUAUACUUGACCAAUUAGUGGAUAUGUUAAAGGAUAACACCAUUAUCAGUGCCACUGUCCCAGCCCCAAACAUCUACUGGAAUCCAAUUCCUCAUAUACACAAGUAUACUUGGCCAAUAAAACAUAUUCUUAUAUUCUGAUGUUUCUUAGCGCUCUUCUAAACUGUGUUCUCUGGUUCAAGCUGAGCAUUACCUUUUCAAACGUUUUGAAACAAAAAAAAGGUGUCACUGCUGGCAUACUCAUUCAGGAGGGGGCAUAUGUUGCUGCAUAUCUUACUCCUUUGCAGACCGCUUGUACAGUUUGAGCCACUUGUAUAGACAGCAUGGUGAUCUUCUCACAAACAUACUGUUGUGCCAUUCUCUUCAUCGAGACUUUUUCCUCAGUAGCCAAAUGUUCAUCUAGUACUGUACAGUAAUCUCUACUUAAUGAGGUAAUCUUCGUUUAGCGCCGUAAUCUUCAUUUAGUUCAUUCUUAGCUUAGAGCACUUAGUCUGAUUAUGACAUCAGAUUGCUGGUGUUUGCGAGUGUCGUACCAGUGGUAGGCUAUAGUAUUUACUUUAAGAUCAAGCAAGUGCAGCCAAUAUCAUUGCUGGUGAGUGUGUUGCAAUGGCUUUCAAAAUAUUUUUGAUCAAAUCAUUACGUACUAUAUGUUUAAGAUGCACUUAACAAUGUAUGCAUUUUUUACAUUGUUUCAUGUUAUAUAGGUAAGCUGUAAAUAUUGUGGUGUGUAACCUCCUUUAGUUGUUAUAUCUUGGAUCUAUAAGCUGGGAAUGUGCCAAUAACCAUUACGUUAGGCCAAUGCUGACAUACUCUUUGUAAGCUUGGACAACAUGCUAAAGCUGCGCUGUCAUGUUCGAUCAUGUGUGUUCAGUUGAGGUCGUUAUAUUACUCUUACUAUACUCUUACAAUCACUAUUGUCAUAUUACUAUCAUUUGCAAACACAUCAAUUGUACCAGCUAUUUAUAAGGACUUUGAUGUAAGUAAGCAGAGAAUGUAUCAAAUCAUCAUGGCAAUGUGACCAAAUGUCUAGGUGAGAUAGUCUGGAGGCCACCUAUGCAAUUUCUCGUAGGAAAGAUGUGGCCAGCGUUUUGGGAGGGGCAACCGUCCCAUCUUUCAGAUCAGAACGAUCGUGCAAAGCAGCAUGGGAUUUCCCAGGCUAGGGGAGGUCCAGUCUUGGCAGUAGUUUAGCCAUAUUCUAGACUGUUAUGGUGUUGUGGAGCCCUGGGUUCUGUGACUGUAGCUUCCAAAGAAUGUGACACAUUGCAAGCCAGGUAAACGUGAAAAGGUAAGUUGCCCUGCUGCCUUAAGUUUGUAAGUCAACUCAACUCGUGGCUUAACUCAACUUGAGUUAACUUACAUACUUAAGGCAGCAGAGCAACUUACUUUUUUACGUUUAACUGGCAGCAAUGUUUUACAGUGUGCUUAUGGUUGUGCCAUACAGUAUGUACCAUCAAGACCCAAGCAAAAGUGGAAGAGUUACAUGUACUUGUUUUCUUGCCAUUUAAUCCAGGCGAUUAAGGAUGACUAGAGCAGCUACUGUACAUGACUAUCUCAUGUGUGAAGAGCAGAGGGGCUUACUAAGCCUCAUUUAAGAUGCCAAAGGUCAGUCUCACUGUGGACUGGAGGUGCUGACAUGCCAACGGAGCUUGGCUUUGUGGUGUCUGAGAAGCUAUUAGAGAAAAGAGCCAAACAUGGCCAGCUCUUGCCUUGGCCAAUGCCACUAAUUUAACAAGAUCAGCUCUUGCUUUGUAAAAGUUGAAGCAGGCUUCACCCAAACUCAUUUCUUCUCUCUAUUAAGGUGCUGACCAAAAAAUAAAACAUUGCCGAAAAAUAAGAGGAAAAGGUUGCACCAUGCAUAAGCCUUUUAAAGGUGCACUGUGUAAUAUUUUAUUUCCAAAAUUCUUGCUGCUCAUUCCCAAAUGUUUUUAUUAUUAUUAUUAUUUAGGGGCUUUUAUGCCUUUAUUUGAUAGGACAGUGUGAGAUGGUGACAGGAAGCGAGUGGGACAGAGAGACGGGGUGGGAUCGGGGAAAUGACCCCGGCCGGACUCGAACUGGGGUCCCCGUGGGCAUGCAAGCCCAAAUGUGGGGGGGCUUAGCGCGCUGCUCAUUCACAAAUUUUACCUUUUUAACGAAUACUUAGCACCACCAUCAAAUUCUAUGUAUUCAUUAAAACUGAGAAAAUUGCCCUUUGCCUACAUGAAAAGGGGGGAUCUUGUCCAUGGCUGCCAUUUUGAAUUUCCAGAAAUAGACAUUUUUAGCUGCACAACUCACUGUACUUUGGUCAUACCAGUAAAUAUUAGUUAAUUAAUAGUAAAUACUUAUGAAAAUAUCAAAUUUGGCAAUAUGCAGCACAGUUUCAAUGAGCAGCAUAGUUGCAAUUCCUACUCUGGCCACCAUCCUACACAGUGCAACUUUAAAAGAAUGGCUACACAGAUGGGUUAAAGACAAAGCACGUCUCUGUGUAGCACAUUUUUUAACGGGUAUGCAUGGUGUGAACUUUUCCUCUUAUUUUUCAUCUUCGAUUUCGCCAUUGCCACUAAUUGACAAGGUCAGAUCAGGCAUCAGUGCUCCUGUGAAUCGUCAGUGAAAUUGAUGUUGACUUUCUAAACAGUAUAGUAGUCAGAGAGCCUGUGACACUGUGUGCGUGCGCGCGUGCGUGCGUGCGUGCGUGCGUUCGUGGGUGUGUGUGUGUGCGUGCGUGCGUGCAUGUGCGCGUGCGUGUGUUUGACAUGAAUGUAAAUGUGAAUGGAUGGGAUCAUGUCUCAUCUUGAUUGUGGCUGCGGGGCAUGGCGAGGACGGAGAAUAUAAUACACAAAAGGAGUCUGUCUCUGUUGACUUUCUUUUGCCCGGCAAUCUAUUGAGUGUCAUAGAUUGGGAUGCGAUGAAUAGGGAGACUGUCAGAUGGUUGUGUGUCUGUGGUGGGUGUCUGUCAGUGUGACUGGCGUCCAUGCAGACUGCUAAAUACCACCAGAGAUGGUCUGCCAUUGUGCUUGUGUUUACAGCUCUUUUCAUUACGCCGCACUGCUUGUUUUUUUCUCUGUUUAUUCAAGAUUCUUGUGUCGAAGAAUCAUACUUGUUGGUACACAGAACUAUAGUGUACAGUAUCUAAUAGAUUUCAAGUCCUGUAGUAAAUAUAGUCAUACAUAUGAAUACAAUAUUGUAAUAGACAUAUAUUCUUCAUACACAGAUAUGUACAUUUUAAUCUGGAAAAGAGUGUCAAAACAUUUCUGUACGGCCUUCUGAAUGGCCUUGUUCCAGCAUUAUGAAACUGUGGUCUGGUUGAUGGGAUGCACUGCUCCACCUGUGAAGAUUGUGUAGCGUAGCUGUACACACACAGUCGUAGAUAUUGCAGUGUGAAUUCAACACUUCCGGAGUAGGGCAGGGGUUUCAACCUUUUCCAACUCGGGGCCCACUUGAAAAGUUCACAAAUGUUUAGGGACCACCCCAGACCCAAUAAACAAUACAACUCAAAUAAUCAACGGCAGCACACACGUACGCACCAACCCACACACACAAAUAUUAUUUUGAUUUUCAGAAAAUGAUUUCAAGGCCCACCGUUUGAGAAUCACGAGGGGAUAGAGAUAGGGUGUAGGGAUUCACUAUCGAAGUGCAGGAAUGACACUGGAAACUUAACUGUGUGAGAUGAUGUAUUGCCUCUAGACUUUAAACAAGAUGGACGUCAGUGUUUAUGUCGUUCUAUCAGCCCAUGUUCUCAGCAUUUCUGCUCCGAAACAGCUGUUGAAAACGCCUCAAAACCAUUGAACGGAGAGCAAUGCAACUUCGGGGUCCGUUAUUGUAUACAGUGUAUGGUAUUGCCUCUAGAGAUUAUAAGGCUGUUGUGUUGUCCACAAUAGGAACCACUCAUUUUGUGCCACAUUGUCUUGAAUACACCACGAUUGAUCCUUGCAAGGUCCAGCUAGAAAGGCCUAGGAAGUCUCAUGGAAGUUGCCUGGUAUGGUAUGUGCAUGGCACGAGGAAAAUAAGUGUCUCCUACUGUAGAGCUGUGAAGGUGGCUGUGUGGUGACUACAUACCUGUGAUAGCUGGGUGUUGCCUGGCUGUCAAGCUGUGAAGGUGCUUAUUCAGCCUAUAGAUCAGGGGUGAGGAGCCUAUGUCUCGAGGGCCGCUUAAUGCCCUUAUGGCCGUUGUGGUGCCCCCAGCAUAAUUUUAAUGUUAUGCUGUUUCACAUGAAAUAUGUUUUGUACAGACAUGUUAGAAAUGACAUGUACAUUUGCAAUACCAUUCAGUUACAUUGUCACACACACACACACACACACACACACACACACACACACACACACACACACACACACACACACACACACACACACACACACACACACACACACACACACACACACACACACACACACACACACACACACGGUUCCUCACCCCUGCUGUAGAGUCACUGUGUGUAGGCACCUAUUGGCAUGGCAUGGCCCCUAACUGUAUGUAGCUGUAAAGCUUGAUGCCUGUAUAGGGUUGUAACGGCUGUGGGGUGCCUAUAUAGGGUUGUAACGGCUGUGGGGUGCCUGCACAGCAAUAAAGGCCUGUAUGGCUGUAAAAGCCGGCGUGUGUGUACCGUAUGCCAAGGCGCUUAGCUGUGUCUGCGAGGGCUGGUGGGAUGCCCGUGUUGCUGUGAAGGCUGGCGUUUGGCCUCUAGAAAUGUGAAGGCCGGUGGGCUCAUGAGGAAGUCUAGCGUGAGGGGGCGCUGAGGAGACAGGAAGUUCCCCUUUUAUACACAGCAGGAAGCCAGAGGCACAGCCAGAGCCACUGAAGCCAUUUCAAUGUGAUUGUGCCUGCCUGCAGAGAAAGCCUUAGCUUUACCAGUACCAUGGUGGCUCAGAACUAUGAACACAGUUAUAUAGAUGAGGGCAAUCAGUUGGUCCUUGUUUGACAUGGAAUUGCACCUUUGUUUUUUGUUCACUUUAUUUUUGUAGCUAUCAUGUAUCCAUACCAAAUGUUAAUUCUGUUGAUUUUUUUAUAAUGAGCAUAUUGCAUAUUUGUGUGUGCGUGUUCUUUUUUUAAGUUUUGUUUUUUUUAUUUUUUUAUUGGUACAUUUGGUUUUUUUUCCUAUUAUUUUUAUACUUCAUGAAAUUGUUUAUUAUGAGGAAUGUUGAAAUGUUACAAUAUGCCAAAAGUAAGCGUUGAAUGCAGUCAUUAUAUGUGUGAAUAUGGUAAGCUGGAUGUAACAUUGAUAAGCUGCCAUGGUUUGGAAGCCAUCCAUUUGAACAUUUCGAAUUAAAGUGCUAAAUGAUCGUCAUCGAUGGAACAAUGUUCAAUCCCAGCGCUGAUGGGCGGGACUGACUGUGGAGUGAAGUGGUUGCUUAGCGAUGCAUCACAAAGGACGAGUUUCUUCAGGAUCCAACAUUGAGCUGUUCCCAAAAUGGAGAGGCAGACUGUGUGUAAUCCAUCCAUACUCUUUCAAAUCCAUCCCAUUUUUAAAACCAUAUAACACUGGAUAUCGCAUAACUCUGAUUAUAUGUGAAGAUGGAUGUAUGUGAACAGUGCUGGGAGAUGACAGUGUAGAGAUGCUCUUUUUAUCCACUAUAAAUACACAGUAGUAUAUUACAGAAGUAAGGCUUUAAUAAAACACUUUUGUAUUUCAUCUAACCUGACUCCUGUCUGCCUCUGUUCUCCUUUGUGCAUC